AUGUUGACUCGCUGGGGCGAAUGGGAAGAGAACAGCGGCCGCGGGACGGAAUGGCAUCCAAAGUCAAAUGACGAUGAUUCUGAGGAAGGGACCUCGACAUCUGUUUGUGGUGAAGUUGAAGUUCGAAAUGUCACCCAAUUGCUGGACCAUUUUGAUCCCAACAACACAGCGACUUGGGAGAACAGAUACUGGGUGGAGGAGAGCUUCUAUCAGCCCGGAGGACCGAUCUUCAUCUAUGUCGGGGAUGUUUUCGACUUUAUGGCGGAAAUCUGGCUGAACAUCAGCCACUUUAGGGAUCUCGCUGAGGAGAACAACGCCUAUUUGGUGGCUACAGAGUACAGAUUCUACGGUGAAAGUCACCCAACGCCCGACGUCAGUCUCGAGAGUCUUCAAUAUCUCACCACAGAUCAGGCGAUGGGUGACAUUAUGGGAUUGCUUGACUUCCUGCGGGAGUCCAAUGAGGAUCUGGCCGAUGCCAAGGUGAUUGCGGCUGGCGUGGGUCAAGGAGCAGCGCUGGCAGUGUGGCUCCGUCAGGAGAGGCCGGAUGUGAUCGAUGGCGUUUGGUCCUCCAGUGGCUGGCUGAGCGCUGUGCCAGAUUUCAAGGAGUUCGGAACGAAUGUGGCAGUUUCUGUGCGAAUCUACGGCGGCCUGCUUUGCUACAACAACAUGGCGGCGGCGUUUGAAGAAAUGGAGAAUCACUUCGUGAAUGGAAACUACGAAGUUCUCAGAGAUAGUUUACUGCUUUGCGACACUGAACAUGGCAUUGAGGCUGACUUUGCUGGAGAUCUUCUCUUCGGACAAAUGGUUGGAGCUAUAGGAUCGACUAUUCAGAUUUUACACUCUGCGGCCUUGACUAAUCUCUGCAAUGACUUGUCAAACGCCACGACUCCUUUCGAGGGCCUCUCAAAUUGGGUGAUCAAUCGCGUUAAUCCGGUUCUGGGAUGUCUCCCGAUCGACUACACACAGUACUUGGAAUUCAUCAAUGGCGAUCAGUGGGAUUCACCUGGCGUGGUCUUCGGCACACGUCAGCUCUUGUAUCAAGCCUGCACUGUUUACGGUGGAUACAGAACAUCCAGUGGAGAAGAUCAUCCGUUCGGUGAUCGCUUCCCAAUUGACUUCUUCUUCAGACAAUGCAUGGAUAUUCUCAACGGAACGAUGACUGAGGAGGAGAUUGUGGCUGCCAUUGAACACACAAACACUGUUCGAGGAGGUUUGACGCCCAAUGUGACAAAUGUCUACUUCACGAACGGAAACUUGGAUCCCGAAAGGACACUUUCGGUGCAGGAAGAUUUGAAUGAAGACGCCGUGGCUGACAAUAUUUCAUACUUUGGCUUCGCUGCCGAUUGGGUUCCAAUGAAUUUCACCGUUUACGAAGGACUGCGAAGUGUGCAGAACCGCGUAAGGACUCUCAUUACACAAUGGCUCAGUGAUGAGGAUGGAGAAACUACGAUAACGACAGAUACGCCCACUCCAUCCAUUAUUUUUGAUUAG